GGCGACCCCGGACGCCUCACCACAGGAGCUACGGGCGGGCAGUGUGAAGCGGAGCGGCUCUGCCCGCCCCCGCCGGCCGGGGCAAUGCGGUCCCUCCCGGGUAAGGGCAUGGAGUUUGCGUGAGUCUAUAAAAAGCUGCCUUGAAAGGAGGCCGCCGUGCUGCCACAGCCGCCGGGAGAGGCUGAGGCGCUGCGGCGGCGAGACCGGCACCAUGAUUAACCCCAACUACUACCCGUGGGGCUACGACAGCGACAACGGACCAGAUCAGUGGCACAAAAAUUACCCGAUUGCCAAAGGACGCCAUCAGUCACCUAUUGAAAUCAAUAACAAAGAAGUGCAUUAUGAUCCCUCCCUGCUACCAUGGUUUGCUAGUUACGAUCCUGGUGCAGCGAAGACCAUCCUCAACAAUGGGAAAACCUGCAGAGUUGUAUUUGAUGAUUCAUUCGAUAGAUCAGUGCUGAGAGGUGGGCCACUUCCAGGAGUCUACAGGCUGCGCCAACUUCACUUUCAUUGGGGUUCGUCUGAUGACCAUGGCUCUGAGCAUGUUGUGAAUGGAGUGAGAUAUGCAGGAGAGCUACACUUAUUACACUGGAAUCCAAAAUACAGUAAUUACCUUGAUGCUGUGAGAAGAACUGAUGGAAUAGCUGUUCUGGCCAUAUUUUUGCAAGUAGGGGAAACUCCCAAACCAGAGAUGAAGAGAAUUCUUGAGGAAAUAAAUGCUAUCAAAACAAAGGGGAAAGAAGCUCCUUUUCCAAACUUUGAUCCUUCAAUUCUUUUCCCUAAAUCUCAUGACUACUGGACAUACCAUGGGUCUUUCACUACUCCACCUUGUGAAGAGUGCAUCACCUGGAUUAUUCUGAGAGACCCUAUUAUAGUCAGCUCAGACCAGAUGGCGAAGCUCCGCAGCCUAUCCAAGAAUGCUGAGAAUGAACCUAAUCUUCCCCUGGUUGAUAACUGGCGCCCAACGCAGCCUCGGUAUUUCAGGAUGGUGAGCGCAUCAUUCCUCUAGGACCUGGCUCAAGUUGGGUGUCCCUGAAUGAAGGGACAUCUGGAACUAAGAGAUGGUUUUGGUUUGUGUCCUCUGUUGCAUUUAGACAGAACUCCAUCUGUAGGUCUGGAGGGUGAAAUUUUGAGUCAUGAAAUGUGAAUUUCACUUUCAGAGCAUAAUAUUUACUUAGACAAAUCCUAUCAUUAAAAUGUAAGUAGAGAAUCUGUUUGGGUCUUCAUUACUGCUUUAGCAUUAACUUUCAUUAAUAGUACAAAGGAAGAAAGAACAUGCUACUAACAACUACAAAACCAUUUCCUAUUGCCCACAUGUUGCUUGAUGCUUGCCUUAUUCCAUGCUAAAUAGGUUGAACUUAAGAGAAUUGUUUUCAGCAUAAACCCAUGUUCUUCAGUAGCUGUUUUCAGCAUUAUCCAUGUCCUGUUCUGAGCUGCACUAGUUAAUGCACAAGGCAUCCUUGUAAGUAAAGGAGAGCACUCUUUUGGUAUUUUAUACUCACAUAAAAUAUGAAAGGACAGAAAGUUGCUUCAUAACCAUUGAUAAAGAACUCAGCUUUUAACUUUUAAAUAAUGGACAGGUGAAACAGAGAUCUGUUCUGAAAACUGUAUUCAAAGAGUUAUAUGUAGUUAAAACUGUGGAAGGGAGCUGUUUCUGUUUGUAUCACAAUUGGUUGUCCAUACUAGAAAACUAAUUUGCAUUUUAAUGUAAUAAUCAAAGGGACAUGGAUUUUGAGUAGUGGAUCUU